AUGUCAAGGCAGUUCUUUAUCCGGGACGCCGAUGCUUUGUUCAACGAUGCUCAGUUUAUAAUAGACGCAUUCGACUCAACAUUACCUCACUUGGCGGCCACUGGGAAUUCUGAACAAUGGGGGACAGAACCUCUCUCAAAGAAAGAAGGACACGUUCAACGCAUGCAUGAUACGGUCGCGAAAUCGGACAGUUUCCGUAAGACAGGAACAGGCGAGCCUUUGAGGGUAUUCAUCGCCGAGAUUGAGGACAGCCAUGACAGUUUAGAAUAUCCGCCAAACGACAAAUUGGCCCGGCGUACAGAUAGAAACGGAAAGUCCUUCGUGCCAGUUGGGUUCGUUAAAGUGCUUGAUGAACAGUUCGUAAGUUACCUGAAGGCUUCAGACGACUUGAAGGACCAUGUCGGACCGGCGUUGGAGAAGGGUAACUUUGUCUUUCUACAAUAUCUCGUGACGGAUCAUCGAGUAGGUGACAAACGCCGAGGCGCCGGUGCCGCCCUUCUUCAAAAGGUUAAGGAUUAUGCUGCUGAGAAAGGCUGGAAGACAAUUUGGCUCGACUGCUGGGAUGGAGGCAAUGGGCAAUUGGUACAAUACUAUGUCGACCGAGGCUUCCGAAGUAUCGGAAGCUUUCAGGAUACUCACGACAAGGACGAGGCACCAUGGAAAGGCAAGCUUCUUCGUAUGGAUUUGACGUAA